CCCUCAUCAUCAAAUCAUCAUAGGCCGAUCACACCUCAUGCUGAGAGCUUAACUUGAGCACCCCCCCAAAACUGCCUCUCCCGCUCCCGCAUCAUCCAUUCCAAGAUUCCCAUAUUAUACCUGCUUGUCCCUACUCUGUACCCGGAAUCGCCGCUUUUUGGACCCGCAACCGCGAAUCUUACCGGGUUACACGACUGCACUCAGCCGCCAGCGGUCAGCACCUUGCAGCCAUGAAGACAUCGCCAUCGAUAUCUUUAGUUCCGUAAUCUUUGUCCCACGUAUCAAACGGUUGUUCACCGCCUCUGCCCAGCCUAACCCGCCACCGGGCACCUUGAGAUCUGCAGUGCCCACCGUGCUCUUUAUAUUCCCCAUCGUGAGCAGCGGCCUUUUAUGCUGCUAAUUGAAUUAUCCCGGCUGAGUGUCUUCCGCCAGUUGCACUCAACGACGGUGCCUGUCCCGCGAUACCAACCCACGAUAAUUUGCGAGCUGGGGCAUACAUCAUGGCUUUCCAGCCGCCCACUCGACGGCUCCCACCGCAAAUAAACCGCUCCGAAUCGGAAGACGGGGAGUCUGCGAUCCUCUCGCCGCUGAACCACCCGGCGCUGAACCACCCGGCGCCGAACGAGUCCCAAACAUGGGUUCUCUUCACACCGGGCACUGAUGCAGGAACUACAACCUCUUACCUGAGUUCGGCCCAGGAUGACCAAAUAACGCCCGGGAGAUCGAGGAUUAGUGACCCUGGCAGCCUUGAUCCUGCGGCUAGGUCCGAUUCCAACCUGCAAGCGCCCUCAGAGGUGCUAGAGGAGAGUGUUGCCGAAGAGGACGCCGAGCUCGACAGCCUUGACAGCCAUCUAGCGGAAUUUAGAGCUGUCCCCAACCCCUACAACCAAUUCGAAGUCCCGCAUGCGGCACCGGUAGUCCCAGGACAUGAUGGACUCGGCUCGUUCAGGUUCGAUGGCGCGGGUAUGAACGUCGAGGCUCAGGAACGAUUGUAUGCGUUCGAGCGAUUCAAUCCCAACCGUGUCAUGCGCACGGUCGAGAGUUUUGAUCUCGCUAAACUGGAGCUCGAAAUGGAGGAGGCGCAGGAGCUGGAGAGAAACCGCAGAAUAGAGGCGUGGCGGCUAGAGCAAAGCCAACUGCUGCUCGAAGACGUCCGGAAAGAAACCAGGAGACGGCAGUCGGAGGCGUCAGUUCGGAAGCUGCAGCAAAAAAGCGGCCCUGCGCAAGAGGUUGCGGAAAGAAGCGUGGCAGACGAGGAGGCGGCAGAUAUCAACCUCGCUGGAACCGACUGGCACGACCAAGACACGCCGUCAUCGAGCGAGGCGCAGCCCGGCUUUUGGAGCCGAAUUGCCCGGAAAGUCAUCUGCGACCUGAUGGGGAUCGAUGACAAACUGCUUGCCAUCCUCUUCGGGGAAGCUCUUCCGGACGAGGCGAUGCUUCAGUCGACGCCUCAGGCACCCGUUACCGGCAACCCCGCACAGCGUCGCACCGACGCGGAGUCAUCGCAUGACUCUGAAUGGCAGCUGCGUAUGCUGGAGCGCAUCGCUAGGGAGCUUGGCGUCCUGGUGCACCAGAUGUCGACUCAUCCCGGGGCCUUCUCUACCUACGCGCGGGUGCAGCAGACAACCUUGCCGUAUGCGGGGCUGCCUGUCAUACCAGAGACGCCUGGCGAUAUGAGCGAUGGCGGACAAAAGAUAGAUGGCAGUGUUCCAUCCAUCCCGCAGUUCAAGCCGACGUUUGGCCCGCCGGCCGACAAUGAUAUGGAUGCCCAGGCGUCCGAAGCCCCCCAACCUUCGGCUCCAUCGGCGCCUGACGUGACUCCGAGCGAUACCCAGACCUUCACGCAGCAGGAAUGGGAACAAGACCUCGAUAUCCGGCUUGUGUUCCGUUACAUACGCUCCCGCUUCACUUCGUCACGCUCAUCACCGCCGACAUUCACAUCCGGUACAUCCCAUCUCGCCACCUCCAACACCCAAGACGCCGCGGCGAAGGCGGCAAGGGUGCGUCAGCAUCACCCGCUCGUCUCUCACCCACAUACACACGGCUAUCACCGCGCCCGCCCGGUCGAGCGGCGCACGUUCAAGGCGACAGUGCCAUCCAGUCCUGUCACAAUGAGGCAUCCACCCGGCAGCUGUGCCAGUCAAAGCACUCGGCGGUCUGCGAGGAGGAGCAGUAUCUCCUCGAGGCACUCGUCCCGCCACUACUGGGAUAUCGGUGGUUCCAUUGGAACAGGAAGCGUCAUUGCGAGCACCGGGCCGAUGGGGAGUUGGGGCGAGGUGUAAAGGGUCACCACACCAUGCCGAAUCCCGGUGUGAAACUGUAUUAUUAUCUCAUCUCUUCUGGCUGUCACAUUCCGGGUCUCAACAGGGAGG